AUGGCUGGGUCAGGUAGAGGAAGAGGACGUGCUGCGUUCACCUUCAACAUUGAGGCUAUUGGGUUUUCUAAAGGUGCAGCUCUACCUGAUGUUGUGUGUAAGCCUCCACCACCAUUUCCUAGUACAGACAAUAAACCAGUGCCUCUGAAAACAGGAGAAGAUGAAGAUUACAUGUUGGCCUUAAAACAAGAUCUUAGAGGAACUAUGAAAAGAAUGCCAUAUUUUUUGGCAGUAGAAGAAGAUCGUGAAGUAAUUGAGAGGUACAGUAAAAAGUACCAUGACAGUGAGAAGGAGCAUGCAGCAUGGACCCCAGAUUGGAGAAGACUCCCAAGAGAGAUGAAGCCAAAGAAAAAGACCAAAAAAG